AUGGCACAAGAAAAGUCCAAAGUCUCAGAUCACGAGGGCACCACACAAGAAAAUCACGAAAAAGAAACGCCGACAGCAACACAAUCAACCGCAGCAGUACCAUGUGCAUCUCCACCAGAGAUCCCAGGGGAAAAGUUCGCACCUUACAACACCACCUCAUGGCCCAAGAUCCCCUCUGGACUUCCUCCCGAUCUCUGGACUCCCAUACAAUGCGCACCCGCCAACUUCACACCCGACCACUUUCUUUCCGUCUGUCAUAAUCUGCUUGAAAACCCCAAUCUCACCGCUUCUCAUCUUUCACGUGCAGAGCUCUCGUACACCAGCUUCACAGACGCAACAUUUAACCCGCAGGCCGAGACGCCCGAGGAGCUCGCUAGCAUCAUCAAACACCUGCGCCCAGAAUGCAGGCCACGGCUGAUUCAAGGCGGACUACCAGGAUACACGCUUGACUACACAGUUGUGCGAAAACUGGUGCCUCGGAAUCCCAAGCUGGACGAUGCACUUAUGCAGACCUGUCAUUUGCUUGUUUCGGAGGAGGACGUCACUAUUGCUGCUGCGGAUGAAGAAAGAGAGGAGACUGUCAAGGCAGAAAGAUAUAUGGUCAUCUACAUCCCGCAUGUAGACGACAGCGACAGUGGUGCUGAAGCAAUUCCCUACUAUCACCCCAAAGUCCGCGCUUUGGCAAUCUUGUACACGUAUUUCCCUGAGGAAUCUAACGUGCCCUCUGGCCUGGAGGUACCAGGCUUGCUGUCCGUUCACUACAACCUCUUCUCUCAGGUGCCACUGGACAACCGACUGGAGCGCACCGCACUCAAACUUGCAGAGAUAAUACAUAAGCAUGCGCGCGGACGACAGGCAGGCUACAAGAAACGCGUACAUCAUGAUCAGAUCAUCGCGCAAAAAAGAUUCCAAGAUACGUAUGCAUAUCUCAAGGGCAAAUACGCAAAAGAUCUCAUCACCGCAUGGAUCGAGCAAACACCACCCGAGAAACACGUCUUUGAAGACCUAGGCAUCGCCGCCUUUCUCGAGGAACUCUGGGUAGACAUGUACGGCGGUGAAACCAACCCCCAAGCGCCCGACGACGACGAAUCCAAAUCCCAAAGAAAGAAGACAGCACAAUCAAACUUCCCCGGCUUCGUAGACAUCGGAUGCGGCAACGGCCUCCUCGUCUCCAUCCUAACCACCCAAGGCUGGUCCGGCUGGGGAUUCGAUGCGCGCCGCAGAAAAUCCUGGGAUACAUUUCCUCCAUCGCACGCUGAAAAGCUCAAGGAGAUGUUACUCGUACCAGCUAUCAUCCAACCCUCUCCUUCUCUUUCACCCAUCACCCUUAAGUCUACGACAACGACACCCCACCACAGCGGCAUCUUCCCCCCACAAACUUUCAUAAUCAGCAACCACGCUGACGAACUUACGCCCUGGACUCCUCUCCUCGCAUACAUGAAUUCUUCUCCCUUCAUCGCUAUACCAUGCUGCAGCCAUGAUCUAGGCGGUACGCGAUUCCGCGCGCCGGUGCAUGCUAAACACCUUGUUGCUGACCCGGCGACUGAGAAAGCAAGGAAGAAGAAUAAGCAGCCGUCAGCGUAUGCGAGUUUAUGCUCGUGGGUAUGUCAUUUGGCGGAGGAGACGGGCUUUGAGGUUGAGAAGGAGUAUUUGAGGAUUCCCAGUACGAGGAAUGUGGCGGUGGUGGGGAGGAGGCAGAUAGAAGACAAGGAGGGAGAUGUACAAGGUGGAGAUUCAGGGAUCGAGGAAAGAUUAAGCUUCUUAAAGGAAUUGGUUGAGAAGGAGAUGGGUGGCUUGAGUGCUGAGCAGGUAGGGAGUAUGUGGAUGAAGAGUGGGGAUGGGUUGCUGAAGCCAGCAAAAGGCGGACAUUGA